CGAGCCAGAGCCCGGGCCUCGGAGCGUGCAGGCGGAGGGCCGGAGAAGGCUGCAGACCCGAGCGGCGGGCUGCGCUUUGGCCCCCGCAGUGUGCGUGUGCGCGUUCCUCCUAGCGGAUCCCGCAUACAUGAUGGAAAUGUCCUAUGAAGCAUAAGAACCCGAUUGUGGAAGUGCCUCUUAAGCAGCAUUAUCUAUAAAGUAACGAAAAGUAUGAAAGAAGCAUCUGGUUGAAUCUAAAGUUUGAAGACCACCACAUCACCAGAAGACCCAGGAUGGAUCUGCACCAAAGCACCACUAUCACUUUCUUUGAGAAAUGGUGUUUGGAUGAGUCACCAUCUGGCUGCAGGAGACAUUAUAAUGUCAGGAAAAAACUGAAGUUAAUUCGAAUCUUAGGCCUUUUCAUGGGCCUGGUAGCCAUUAGCACUGUCCCAUUUUCAAUCAGUGCCUUUCCUGAGACAGACACACAGAGCACAGGAGAGGCCAGUAUUGGAAGUGGCCCUAAGGUAGCACAUGGUUACCGUCAAAGAACUCUCUUAGAUUUAAAUGACAAGAUUCGGGAUUACACUCCAGAGCCAUCUCUUUCUCAGGAAGACACAUCUGAGAAUAGUACUGAAGCUGAUCAUGCCGAAGGAGACUACCCCAGAGACAUCUUUUCCCUUGAGGAGCGAAGAAGAGGCGCCAUCAUUCUCCAUGUCAUUGGAAUGAUCUACAUGUUUAUAGCCUUAGCCAUUGUCUGUGAUGAGUUCUUUGUUCCUUCUUUGACUGUCAUCACUGAAAAACUGGGCAUCUCUGAUGAUGUGGCUGGAGCCACCUUCAUGGCUGCAGGAGGGUCGGCUCCGGAACUUUUCACAUCUCUCAUAGGGGUAUUCAUUGCUCACAGUAAUGUGGGCAUAGGCACGAUUGUAGGGUCAGCAGUGUUCAAUAUCCUCUUUGUUAUUGGCAUGUGUGCUCUCUUUUCUAGAGAAAUCUUAAACCUGACAUGGUGGCCGCUCUUUCGAGAUGUGUCUUUCUACAUCAUUGACUUGAUCAUGCUGAUCAUAUUUUUCUUGGAUAAUUUUAUCAAGUGGUGGGAAAGUUUGCUUCUCUUAACAGCUUAUUUUGGCUACGUGGUUUUCAUGAAAUUCAACGUCCAAGUAGAACAGUGGGUGAAGCAAUUGAUAAACCGCAAUAAAGUCGUCAAGGUGACAGCACCAGAGGCCCAAGCAAAGUCCUCUACAGCCGGGGACAAGGAUGAACCGGCUCUACCGGCUAAGCCGCGUCUCCAGCGAGGUGGAAGUUCUGCCUCCCUCCACAACAGUCUCAUGAGGAAUAGCAUCUUCCAGCUUAUGAUACACACGCUUGACCCACUCGCCGAAGAACUUGGAUCAUAUGGAAAACUAAAAUAUUAUGACACAAUGACUGAAGAAGGGAGAUUCAGAGAAAAGGCUUCAAUUCUCCACAAGAUUGCCAAGAAGAAAUGCCAGGUGGAGGAGAACGAGAGGCAGAAUGGAGCUGCCAACCACGUGGAAAAAAUCGAACUCCCAAACAGCACCAGCACAGAUGUUGACAUGACACCACCUGGUGAUGCUUCAGAACCUGUUCAAAAUGGAAAUCUCUCCCACAACAUUGAAGCAGCAGAAGCCCAGAACACAGAGGCGGCUGACGAUGAGGAGGACCAGCCUCUCAGCCUGGCCUGGCCUUCUGAACCCCGCAAGCAGGUCACGUACCUGAUUGUUUUCCCCAUAGUGUUUCCUCUCUGGAUUACCUUACCUGACGUUCGCAAACCUUCAUCAAGGAAGUUUUUUCCCUUCACAUUCUUUGGCUCCAUCACCUGGAUCGCUGUAUUCUCUUACUUGAUGGUCUGGUGGGCACAUCAGGUUGGAGAGACAAUUGGCAUUAGUGAGGAGAUUAUGGGACUGACCAUUUUGGCUGCUGGGACCUCCAUCCCUGAUCUUAUCACCAGUGUCAUCGUGGCCCGGAAGGGACUAGGAGACAUGGCUGUGUCCAGCUCUGUUGGAAGCAACAUUUUUGACAUCACCGUGGGGCUCCCCCUGCCAUGGCUCCUGUAUACCAUCAUCCACAAAUUUGAGCCAGUGGCUGUCAGCAGCAAUGGCCUCUUCUGUGCAAUUGUGCUCCUGUUCAUCAUGCUGCUCUUCGUCAUCCUCUCCAUCGCCUUCUGCAAGUGGCGAAUGAACAAAGUGCUGGGCUUCAUCAUGUUUGGCCUCUACUUUGUGUUUUUGGUGAUCAGUGUCCUCCUAGAAGACAGAAUUAUUGUGUGUCCUGUCUCCAUCUAGCAGGAAAAGCCAUAUCUUGAACCAACAGCAUGGAUGGUCCCUCCCCACUCUGGGCUCUAGGCUCUUUGACCUCUUGAGAAGAGGCAGCUGGAACAUAGCCCUGGGUACCAAGAGUCUCUCUUUGGCAGAUUUGAAGAGGAAUGGAUUCACACUGGGCCCAUUCACUUCCCAGGCUGCUUCCACCCUUGCCUGCUGAAAUGACUUCACAUAAGAGACAAAGAGAACCAUCAAUAUGAGGUUUCUCUUCAUUCACCACUGACAGGUACUCCUCGCUGGUCGGAGGUACAUAUGUUGUAAUGAUGCAAACAAGGACAGAGGCUAUAUAUAUAUAUACAUAUAAAAUAUACAUAUUAUAAAUAUAUGCACAUGAACACACAAAUCCUGCCUGUUCCUGUACUAUACCCUUCCUCCCAUAUCUAUAGAUUAAUACAUACCUGUAUACAAACACAAAGAAAAGAAUUAUAUAUAUAUAAAGUCCUAUAUAUAUAUAAAAGUACAAAUGCAUCUUUUCAGGGAUAGCUCUAGUAUAUUUAUAGCACCUAUGUGAAGAGGGGCAUCAACCUUCAGUCUGGGCUUUACCUCUUGAGUAUGAGAGGUUACAUAAGGGAAUCCAUAGACAAACCAAUGCUAUGACCUUUAGCCUACCUUGGAAUGACUGGCAUCCUACCUAGUAAAAUAGACAAUUUAGGAAUAGAGUUUACAGGGAAGAGGGCUUGGUGGAGAGGGUCUGUAAGGGCCCCGAGCUGAGUCCUCCAAAGCAUUCCCACAAGCCAAACAGGGAAGAUCUGCCCACCUCACUGGGAUACACUGACUGAAGCCUACAGGGUUACAGAAAGACAGAGGUAAAACCCAGACUGGGUAGAUACUGGUUUGGGGGGUGGGGGCGGGGAGUGACCAGGGUUGAAUUCCUUUGUUUCAUUUUUUUUUUUCUUAUAUUGCCCCAGCAUGCAAGUAGAAAAUAUGACUGCAAACCAAAUUAGUGCUUUUCUAGGACAGCAAGACUAUAUAAACCGAACCUAUAUUGUUCUAACGCAUGUCCCAUUAUCAUCAAAAGAAGGGGGGCAAGUUGAGCCGUGAUUGUCAUCUAGACACAUUUUGAUGCUAAGGGCUCACAUACAGACAAAAUGCCUGCCAAGAGAGCCUAGAUGAAACACCAUCCAGUAGAGGCACUCCGUGGGACUUGCCACCUAUGGGAAUGUAAGGGUGUAAUUUUUUAAAGCAUUUUCCAUUGUGGUCAUAAAGGGCUUCGGUGUCUGAAGAAACCAUUAUUCCCAAUAGCACUAAAUCAACUCUGACCUAUACUGUUUGAAUUGAGGCAGCUUAGAGAUGCUUGGAGAGGCCUUUGCACACUCAGCAUGUCACAGAAGGUUUCUGAAUCCUUUGUCAAGUCAGGCCAGGACCAGGAUUUAGUUAAAGCCCAUGAAAUGUCCAUCAGGUCUCUCCUUCCAUCAGGACCCCAUCUGGGACUCUUCCUAGUUUUUAGAGUACACUAAAGAACGUACUCAACAGCUUCUUUACACGGGCUCAAGUCAGUCACUCCAACAUUUUGAUUUUCUGAUUUUGCUCAGCAUUACAUAGAAUGUUUUCAUUUCAUUAAUUCAAUGCCCCAAGUGCUGUUUGAAAACUUGUAUGGUUUCUCAGGUCUAUGUCAGCAGAAAACAAAACCAGCUGGAGGGAAAAACUGACAAAUUCAACUGAUGAAAAAAAUACAUCGAGCUUUUCAUUUCCCCUAAGUCAUGCAUUCCUAAAAUCAACUAAAAAAGUGAAUAGCGAAUGGGCCAUUUUUCUGUACCCAUCCUAUGUCUAAGUCAGAACACACCACACAUGGGGAACUUCCCCCUAUAUAUUCCAUCACUGAUGCCUGCCAUGAUGUUGUUGUGACCACAUACCCCCUAACAGAGAAAGGCAGGAUGUAGAACCCACAGCUGAAGAGGUCAGGUUACCUGACAGCCCCAGAUCAAGUUCAGUAUUCCUUUCACGAACCCUCAGCUCAUUCCACUGAGCAUGGCAAUAACAGGCAGUGUCCAUCAGUGCUUUUCACUGACAGUGGGCACUUUCAAGUGGAGGCUCCCUGGAGAAAUAAGAAAUCAACAUGGCUGCCACCAAGCAGCCCGGCAUUCAAGCCCCCAAUUUUGCAAAGCUGGCUUUUCAGAUGUGCAAAAGAAACCUGCAUCUCAUUCAUUGAGGACAGGACUUCAUAUGGAAACAAUUCAUUAUGGUUUCUUAGAGUGAAAGAGAAUGAGUAAGCAAACAUGUAGUUUAAAAUGUGGCUGUUUUUCUUGUGUAUUACUUGUAGGAAGACAAAGUUGGUUCUUGUGUGAAUUCUGUAAUAUUAGCUGGCUUGUUGUCUAAAGAAGGCUUAAAUAGGUGACUUUGACUCAACUAUAAAUCAACUAUAUAAACAGGGAUGGUUGAGGGCAGCCUGGUGCCACCUGUUCUUAUUCCAGCAGUUCCUAAUCCUUUCUCUGGCUCUUUACUACUCCGUGUUUGUUCCCAGCUCACAGAGGAGAAUGAUUCAAGCAGCCAUGGAGCUCUUUACUUGCCUGGGAGUUCCAUUCAUAGGGAGUAUUGGGUUCUUUAAUGAAAAGUCAUGUUUAAGAAAACAUUUCCAAGCCCAGUUUCCACCUCGAUGGUGUGCAUUGAGCAUGAGCUACAACAGCACUGUUUCCACAGUUUCCCUACGUUAAUGUGUCUGCAAGUAUGUAGCAACAAAAUAGACUAAAGUAAAUUAAGAGAGAAGCAUGUAGAAUGAAACGGUAGGUCCUUCAAUGCAUUCAAGUCAACCACAUCAUUAAAGGGUAGCAGUUGCCACAUUACAGUUUGUAACCCCUUUCCUGCAUGCCUGUAUAUAUA